UUUUAGAUACUCCCCUAUUUUUAAAUAUGUGCCCUAUUUUUUAUUUUAGAAGAUUUAGAUACUCCCUCUAUCUUUAAUUAUGUGCUAUGUUUUUUUUUUUUUUUUUUUUUUUUCCGACCUUUUUUUUGAAUAAGCACUCUUAUAUUUUGGAAGUAGUAAAAAUAUUUUAAUACUCCAUACUUUUUCUCCAAUCCCCGACUCAAUUUCAUUUUUUAAGAAAUAUUUUCCAUUCUCUCUCUCUUCUUCUCUACAAUAACGUAUUAAUACUUUUAUAAUUUUUUUUUUUAUUUUUUUUUAUUUUUUUUGUUUUCAGCAUGUUUCUCUUGAAUAUCAAUUUAAAAUUUAUCUCUUUGUUCUAAACCUUUGUGAAAAAUCAAGCAGAGCACUUAUUAAAUGCGGGAGUAUUAUACAUUUUAUUUUUAUUUUUUUUAAAAAAGGGCCUAAUUUUAUCUCAACUGCAUAGGGCCUCCGUAAUAGUUGGGACUACCCUAAUUAGAAUAUUUAUAAACUAUUCAUUAACACGAUUCCAACAAUUACUCACAAUACUAUCUAUAAUAUUUUAAUACUCUAAUUACCCCAGUUAGACGACCAUUAUAAAGUUGUUAGCUGGAGCUACACUACCAACAUACCAUUAAUCAUUCUAGAAAAAACUUCAGAACAAAUGGAUUCACCCAUCUACGCCAAAGAAGAAACAAAAGAGCAACUACUAGAAGCACAAGCUCAUAUAUGGAGUCAUGUUUUCUACUUUCUCAAAUCCAUGGCCUUAAAAUGUGCAAUUGAACUACGCAUUCCAGACACCAUUCAAAAACAUGGCAAACCAAUGACUCUUAAAGAGCUAGCCAAUUCUCUUCCUAUCCUCCCAAACAAAGUAUCCUCUCUUUCGCGCUUAAUGCGCCUUCUUGUAUCCUCGAAAUUCUUCUCAAUGAAAACCUUACUCAACGGCGAAGAAGGAUUUGUUCUUACAUUGAGCUCCCAACUUCUGUUGAAAGCUCACCCGCUUUCGCAAGCUCCAUUUGCUCUUACAACGCUUUCUUUACUAACCGAACAAUCUUCUCAUCUAAGCAAUUGGUUUCAAAGUGAGGUUGAGUACGAAUCUCCCUUCCAAAUAGCUCAUGGAAGGAAGUUUUGGGAACAUGCUUGCCAUGAACCGAUGUUGAACGAGUAUUUUAACAGUGCUAUGGAAAGCGAUUCUCGAUUCGUUACGAGCCUAUUGGUGACAAACAAACAAUUCAAGGGAUUACUUGACGGAGUGGAUACGUUGGUCGACGUUGGCGGCGGCAAUGGGACGACUGCUAAGGCCAUAUCCGAGGCCUAUCCAUCGUUGGUAUGUACUGUACUUGAGUUGCCACAUGUGGUUGAGGAUUUACAAGGGAAUGAUAAUAAUGGCAACGUGAUUUACGUUGCUGGUAAUAUGUUUAUGAAGGUCCCUCUUGCUGAUGCUGUCUUACUUAAGUGGAUUUUACAUGAUUGGAGUGACCAUGAUUGCAUUAAAAUACUUAAACAAUGCAAAGAGGCAAUUCCUAGCAAAAGUCAAGGAGGAAAGGUGAUUAUCAUUGAUAUUGUGGUGGAGCCUCAAAUUAAGAAUUCAAAGCAUUCAAAUGCCCAAAUUUUAUUUGACAUUGAAAUGAUGUCACUCUUUGGAGAGGGAAAAGAAAGAACUGAAGAAGAAUGGAAAAUACUAUUUGUUAAAGCUGGUUUUAGUGAUUACAAGAUCCUUCCUAUACUAGGUUUGAGGUCUGUUAUCGUUCUUUAUCCUAUAUAAGUUUUUGGUAGUAACUCCCAUCUAGCACUGACUCAUGAGAAAGAUAUACUUAGUAUAUCAUCUAUUCGAGUGCAUGUACGUCAUGAUAUGGCAUAAGAUGUUAUUCUAUGAUUUCAACUACUACCUCUGUUUUUCUCUUUAUAACAAAGAGCUAUUAUUUGUGAGACAUAAAAUAUUUCUUUAUUAUGUAUGUCAUAAUAGUUUGCUUUGUA